AUGGCAAACGGAAUAAAUAAUCAAUUUUCGAAUAUAUCAAAUAGUCGGAUACCUCAUAUACGUCUUUCUGAUGAUAGAAAUUUAAAAACACGAUAUGAAAAAUUAAAUAAAUUGGGUCAAGGUUCAUUUGGAAUUGUUUAUCGUGUUCGAAAUCAAGACAGUAAGAUAUUUUAUGCAAUGAAAAUAAUAACAAAAAAAUCUGGAAAUAAAUAUAAAGCAUUCAGUCUUGAUAAUGAAGUAGAAUUAUUAACACAAUUUAAUCAUUCUAAUCUUAUUCAACUUUAUGAAGUAUUAGAAUCACCUCAAAAUCUUUAUUUAAUCCUGGAAUUAUGUGAAGGUGGCGAACUAGGUGGAUAUAUUAAAACUAAUGGUCCAUUACCUGAAGAAACAAUAAAACAAAUAAUGACAAAAUCAAUCGAUGCAUUACAUUAUUUACAUACAAAGGAUGUUGCACAUCGAGAUUUAAAAUUAGAAAAUAUUUUAUUAAAAAAGACUCCAACAAGUAAUACUGAUAUAUUUGAUAUUCGAAUAACUGAUUUUGGUUUAAGUUCAAAAAAAUGUAUUACUUCAACUGAAUCACUUUUUCAUGAUCAUUGUGGUACACCCCUUUAUAUGGCGCCUGAAAUACUUGAAAAUAAAGAUUAUAGUGCUCUUUGUGAUGUAUGGGCUAUGGGAAUUAUUAUGUAUUAUUUAAUAUGUGCUCAUUAUCCUUAUGUAGCCGAUGAUGAACAACGAUUACUUGAAAUAAUUCGUGCCAAAAAACUUCAAUUUGAUUCUAAUGAAUUUCGAAAUUUAUCUUCUGAAGGUCUAGAUUUUUUAAAAGAACUGCUUCUUUAUAAUACAGAUCGUCGUCGAGCAAUGGGUGAACUUAUUAAACAUCCAUGGUUAACAGGACGACCUGAUAAAGAAUUAACAAAAGAUAUUAUAACACAGAUGAAAGAGUUUAAUGCUGAAGUUGAUCAACCUCAAAAAAAACCUGAAAUAAAUUUGGCAGGAUUAAUAAAUGCAACUGCAAAUCAUCUGGAUCCAUCAACAACUGUCGAUGAUCAAUCAGAAGUAUCCUCAACUAUGAAUACAAAUGAUAUACAAUAUCCUUCGAAUGAAACGAAAAAUAAUACAAAUGUAUUAGAAAAACGAGCUUCAAUUGAUCGAAGUAAAACCAGUAUAAAAAUACAUCGAUCUAUAUUUGAUACAAGAUCAAGACGUUCGAUAAAUGCUAUACAUGAUACAAAUAGUAUUCCAUCUAAUACUCCUAUGAAAAGCAGACCAAAUGAUAUGAUAUCGAAUUUAAUUAAUCCCAAUCAAAAUUGUCAAGUAAAUAAUCGUGCUUCAGUUAUAAAUGUAACAAAAUCUCGAGCAUCUAAUGUUCGUCUUGGUCGAUCUCAAUCUCAAAUUGAUCGACCAGGUACUUCUAGACUUUCAUUGCAACCACAACGAACUAUAUUAAAUGAUUCAAUUCAUACGAAACUUCCAUCUUCUUCGACAAUGACUGCUAUAAUGAUGAUUAAUAAGCAACAGUUUAAUGGUUCACCUUCACUGAUAUCUAAUCAGCAACGACAUAGUAUGCAAAAAAUACCUCUAUACAAUAAACGUUAUAGCAAUCAAACAUAA